CUCCCCGCGCGCGCGGGUCUGCGGGGAGGGGCGGCCUGCUGAAAGGCCCUCCCCGGGGCGUUCCUGAAGGGCGCCUCGGCCGCCCCCACCGCCCCCCAAAUGUACUAUGCGGUUUCCCAGGCGCGCGUGAACGCGGCCCCCGCGACCAUGCUUCGGCCACAGCGGCCCGGAGACGUGCAGCUCGGGACCUCCUUGUAUGAGCUGGUGGGCUACAGGCAGCCGCCCUCCUCCUCUUCCUCAUCCUCCACCUCCUCCUCCUCCAUGACCGCGCCCCUCCUCCCCAAAGCCGCGCGAGAGAAGCUGGAGGCACCCGCCGAGCCGCCGGGCACGGGAUCCGGGCCCGGCGCGCACACGGGCGGCAGCUCCCGGGCUGACGCCAAGGAGGAGCAGCAACAGCAGCUGCGGCGCAAGAUCAACAGCCGCGAGCGGAAGCGCAUGCAGGACCUGAACCUGGCAAUGGACGCGCUGCGCGAGGUCAUCCUGCCCUACUCCGCGGCGCACUGCCAGGGCGCACCCGGCCGCAAGCUCUCCAAGAUCGCCACGCUGCUGCUCGCCCGCAACUACAUCCUGCUGCUGGGCAGCUCACUGCAGGAGCUGCGCCGCGCACUCGGAGAGGGCGCUGGGCCCGCUGCGCCGCGCCUGCUCCUGGCGGGCCUGCCCCUUCUCGCCGCGGCGCCAGGCUCUGUGCUGCUGGCUCCCGGCACUGUGGGGCCGCCCGACGCACUGCGCCCAGCCAAGUACCUGUCGCUGGCGCUUGAUGAGCCGCCGUGCGGCCAGUUCGCGCUCCCCGGCGGCGGCCCGGGCGGCGGAGCGGGCAGUCCGGGCCUCUGCACCUGCGCGGUCUGCAAGUUCCCUCACCUCGUCCCCGCAGGCCUGGGCCUGGCCGCGGUGCAGGCACAGUUCUCCAAGUGAAGGCUCGCCCGGGCCUGGGGCGCGACCUCGGCCCGGCCCCCUGCCGUCCAGCUUCUGCGCGUCCCCGCGCCCUGCGCCGGGGGAGAGCAGACCCAUGCAUGGAGGUCGUUUCGAACCUUCUCGCCCAGAGGAAAAGACUCUUGGGCGCCCCUUUCCACCCCACCGCCCCGGGUGGGGAGGGUGCGGGGGGGAGUUAAAGUGACCUGAGAGCGGAUGUUCGACGGAACGUCGGGGCUGUUUGGGGUUCUGGGUGGAUUCCAGCUGCUUUGGGCAGCAAGUGCGCGCUGUCACCGCCACUGUAACCCACCGCCUGGCUUUCCCGGCUCCCGGAGUCGUGCGCUUCGCAGAAGUGAUAGUGGUUUUAGGGCGCCGUACUCUUCCGAGAUGCGGCGGCACGCCGGCCCUGAGCGCGCGACCUGUCAUAGGGGGCGACACCUGCCGGGCCAGGGGACCAAAAGGCUGCCCUCGGAAGGCUGGGGGUGGGGUAGGAGUCGGGGGUGUUUCUUUCUCCCGGCCAGAGGUCACAGGCGCACUUGUUCCCCGCAGCCACGCCCUGUUAGAGGAGAUUGUCCGACCCCAGGAAGCCGAGAAAGACCAGUCGGUGCAGAGGAUCACAGGCGUAGCAGACCGACCGACCCUGGGCGACUGGACGGUUGGCAUCGCGGUGCCGCGGGAGGGGGCGAUGCCACUUCAUGGGUCGAUGGAUGUACUGGGUUGGGAAGUCUGCCUUUGUACCCCGACUGUUAGAACGCAGUUUUUUGAGAAUCGCGUAACCAGGUGUUUUGUUGCGAUUAUUCGUUCUUAAAUCCUGGGGUCUUCGAAGGACAGUUUAGAACUCGCGAUUCAUCGCUUUGUGCCCCCUUCCCCAAAGGUAGAGUACCCAAUCUUUGAGCUCGCUCAAAACCAGCCACCUUUCCCGCAGACCCGGCUUCUUGGUGUACUAAAAUCGGUAACAAGGCAUUUUGGGGUUGCAGGUCUUGUCAGAAAGCACGGUCUCUAAUUAACAUUCUGUCUCAUUAAAAGACGCGGAGGGGGGCCGGGACCCCCACACCGCAGGCAGCUCCGAAGGCCCCCCGCUGAGGCGGCGACGACGGGAUGGAGGUUCCUGUGCUGUCCCUUCGCGUGCGGGGUCCGUCUUUCUCAAGCGCGUGGGGCAGGUCUUCAGGCGGCUUUGCGAUUGAACUACAUCCAUCGGUGACCGGUCUCGAUUUGUUGCAGACGUUAGCAAAUUACUGCACCCACGUUGAUUUUAUGAUCUUUCAGCAGCUUGCUUUGAAUUUUAUGUUGGAGGGUUUUGGUUGUUGGUAGUAGCCGAAUUUAACUGGCAUUUUAUUUUAUUUUCUCUCUAACUUUGUUUCCUUGUGCUGUGAAGAAGCAACAAAAUAAACAUUUAAAGACCUUA